GAAAUGAUAUUACACAUUGCUGAGUGUCUUGAUAUACCCGUGUAUGAAAUUGACAUAUCACGAAGUCAUCGUGUUGGUAAAUAUAAUCCUCAAUCAUCUACUCCUCGUCCUAUAAUCGUUCGUUUCAUGUCUUAUCGUUCACGUGAAUUAUUUUAUAAAAAUCGUCAAUAUCUUAAUGAAACUGAGUACUAUUAUGUUACAGUACGUGAAGAUCUUACGAGAGAAAAUCUAAAUUUAUUACGACGUUGUAUUGAGCUUCGCCCAUCGGUUAGAUUCUAUACAAAAGAUGUUGGUUUGAUGACAUUAAUGAAGCGUAAACAAUACCAUUUAAAACGUUAUGAAAACGAAAAUGGUUUGUAUACAUCAUCUUUAUAG